AUGAGGCUCAAGGUCCUCUAUACGUUCGAUAACGAUAGUAAGACCAAUUGCUUAGCCCGAUGGCCCCAUCUCCUCGAUAUCCAGACCGCCGCCCUCGAUGAGAAAACACACAUUGGAGUGAUCGAGCUCAAAACCUGCAUUCAAGCCAUUGUCUCUGCCAGUCCGGAAUUGGUCGCUCAACUGGGUCGGGAUUAUACCGUCUACGCCUACGACUACUCCGAAUAUGAAACACCCCUCGUCGGGCAAGGGAUGCUGUCAUGGGUUCUCGCUUCGUCUUCUCCGACCCCGAACGCACCGGCACACCAGUCGAAGACAAUGGUAACUGGACGGGUCUGCAAGAAUGUGUUGGGUCUAUUUUCGAAAGGCGCCCAGGAAACGCUCGAGGUCAAACUGCGAUUGGUGCCCGUCCCGACCGCGUUGCAAAGUGAAUACUUGGACAGCAUGCAGAAGUACCGGGAGCUCAGCAAUGUCAUCCCCCACGAGUUUGACGCACAAGCCUGGACCGAUUUCCUACGCCAGAAUCCCGAGUUAAUGGCGUCCACGUCCCAGCAAAUUGUCCAGGCCUCGUCUCCAGUGGACCAUGCAGGGAUCGAAAGAUUUCACCAGAUUCUCAGCGCAGGCUCUACGCCCAGGGAGAUUAUGCCAAUGCCGGCGCAUCCUCCAUACCGAACAACGUCACCUACUCAGUCCGCUCUGAGCACUGCAAGCCGGGUCCAGACGCCGGCAAGUCAGUUCCAGAUUCAACAGCAGGAACAGCCCGCAUCACGCCCGCAACCCUUGGAACGGAGCCAGAGUGAUGUGAUCCGCCCUUCAUCUAGUGCUUCCAUGCGUGAUGCCGAUUUCCAUGCUUAUACGAGGUCCAACGCCCGCAGGGAUUCAAUCCAAUCCGGGUAUGGUAGCUGCGAUGAUUCUUCCGAGCAGCAGCCCAGAAAAAGGGCAAAGCUGUAUCGAGCGGAGGCUCCUGGCAAGAGUGAUCUGAACAUUGAGAGACAACCAAGUUCUCUGAGAGUGGCCGCCAGCACCGCAGCAUCCGUUCGCAUCCAUCGCCCCACGCCAAUCAACCCUCUCUUUACUGCAGCCCAGAACUCGAACGAAGAACCCGUUCGCCCGCCUACCCCUAUUUCCGACAUGAACCAUCCGCCCCGUCGCGCGCGCCCUCUUCCAAGCCUCCUCCGCGAGUCUUCGACGCAGAGCAAUGCCCUCGGCACUCAAUACAACUCGCCAUAUGCUAUGAGCGAUGAUCACCCCUCCGUGGACCCGACUACGACAUCGCCCGAAGAGUCCCGAUACCAAGGCUUAUUCGAACCAUCUUUCGCCAUGCCAUCCUCGCCCCCGAUCCUGGACCACGCGUUCCCGGCUAGGUCCAGCCCGGUCCUUCCACCCAUGACGGCUGACUUGGAUUCCGGGUUCAUGAGCGCCGGCAUUGACGACCUUCUGGAUGACGAGCUCUGCCCACCACUCGACAGCAGUGCGAAGCCACUAUCAAAGAGCCAGAACAAGCCAGCACUGACUGUUCGUUCUGCUGUUCAAGCGAGCUCCCCUGUCAGCGCCAUUGGAUUCCCAGAAGACCGUGUCAUUGAGAUCGCCGAUGACCAGCCUGAGAACGUUCCUGCCACCGUCAUCGAGAUACCAGACAGCCGGCCUGAGAAUGUUCCCGUCACCAGUGUCGAGGUACCUGCUUCAAGUCGUCCUACCAGCGAGAUUCCCACGGAGCAGCAGCAGCAGGUUAAGGCGCCCCCGGUUGCGAUCCCUCGCGCUCCUAGAGCCUCUACAUCACGACCUUCUUCACGUGCUAGUAUGAGGCAAACGCCCAAGCCGCUAGCCCCGGCCCCUAUCUCCCAGAGUGAAUUGGAGCAACUUCUUAGCGCAGUCCCCGAAAGCGACCCCGUCUUGCCUAGUGAUGGCGCCACCGCAAAGACCCCGGCUCCGACCACCGGCAAUGAAGAUGGCAAGCCCCGCAGCGGCACUGGUGCCCGGCGAUUAAAGCAGGUUAAACAAGUUCAACUACGCCUUGAGAGGUGCAUUCGCGAGGGACAGGCGCCGCCGUACUGUGAAAACUGUGGCGCCAUUGAAACUCCCACUUGGCGUAGAGCUCACUCCAAGAUCUUCGAGGGCAGCGAGGAAGACGCCAACCAGCACACCAAAGACCCUUUGGUAUUCUUCUGGCAGCCCGUCGAGAAAAAUGAGCAAGGACAAGUCAUCAAGUUCAAAAUCUACAAGAAGAAGUUGACCGAUGAAGAGAAUGACUUUGCACUGGUCCUGCUCUGCAACCCUUGUGGUAUCUGGCUCCAAAAGUGCAAAAGCAUGCGCCCCGAAAACAAGUGGAACAAGGCUAGUUCUAGUUACGAGAAGAGAAAACGAACUCGCAGGACGCGCAAGGAUGGUGGUCCGCUCUCGACUGCCAAGGGCCCAGGCGGCCGCGGCGCAAGCGAGCCAUCCAAGCCGGAUGCUUCCUCGCCUGGUGUUUCCGACGCUUCAACUCCGGCAGCCGAUGACGAUGCUACCCCCGGUGCCGACAGCGAUGCCAACAAAUCGGGCGAUAUGGCGGAACAAAAGAAUGACGAUUCCCAGCAGCCGGCAGCAAAGCGCCGUCGCGCAAACAGUAUGGAGCCUCGGAAGUCGUCUGACAAGGCUGGAAGCCGCUGGCAAGAGGGCGAUGCAAGAGAAGCGCUUCGGCGGGCUAUCCAGUCUAGUCCUGCCAAAAACCUUGCAGGUGGCAGUGCUUCAGCCCCGGGUGAGCGAAAUCUGCCUCCCAAGCCAGUGAGGAGAGUAUUGUUUCCUAAUUCACAGAACGAGGGGGGUCCCUUGAAGGCAUUAGGCGAGUCAGUCUUGAACAGUCCUAAGCGAAGCUCGCGCGUCCCCGUCCAAGAAGCGAACAAGGCCCCUGGCGAGAAAGAAAACCAGACUGCGAAUGACCUGGACCGUCUUUUCGAAAGUCCCUCGUUCGAGUUCGAGCUCUGUGCCAGUCCCACUCCUAAGCGACGCAACCAGCGUCUGACCGCUACCGACAAGCGGCACUCACAUCCUUCUGUCUCUCCAGCUGCCAAGUCUCGACGAGAUGGAGCGCUGGAUACUACCCCCACUCGAACCUCUGCUCGUCGCCUGCAGCGCGUUCAGAGCAGUCCCGGGUCGGUGCCUCACCUGAACCGAACACCUGGGCGAUCUCGAUCCCUGAUCCCCGACCUUCCCACAAUGUCAGAUGACAUCUUUGGCACUGCCGCAUUCCAAGGCAUGGACGAGAUGAUGGUUGAUAUCUUCUCCGACAAUGCGGCCAUUAACACGGACCCAUUGUUUGGGCUCGACUCUAGAAAUAUGCCAAACGCCGACUGGCCUGAUUGGCUCCCUUCAGAUCUUUCACCUACCAAGUCGGUUGGGAACCAAAACAACGAUGAUGCGGACAUCAUCAACGCACUUUUCUCCGAUCCCGAUCUCGGGAAGGACUUGUUCCAGUACCCCGACCCGCGCACACUUGACUCUGGCUUCUUUAGCUCGGAUGCGCUCCAGGCGGAUGGAAUGACCCUCGAGAAAACAGAUGCAUCCAAGGACCAGGCCACCAGCACGGGGCAGGUCUAG